GACGCUUCCCGGGCUGCAGGGAAAGCUCAGUUCCCCGCCCUCCCGGAAGUUGUUGCACAGUCGUUUCCGGGGCGGCGUGAAGUUGGGGAGGACUCCGAAUGGGUCGCAGCCGCAGCCGGUCCCCGCGGAGGGAGCGUAGGCGGUCCCGGUCCACCUCCCGAGAGAGAGAACGCAGGCGCCGAGAAAGGUCCCGGUCCCGAGAGCGAGAUCGGAGAAGAAGCCGGUCUCGAUCCCCACACAGAAGACGGUCCAGGUCCCCAAGACGACAUAGAUCCACAUCUCCUUCCCCUUCUCGAUUAAAAGAAAGAAGAGAUGAGGAGAAGAAAGAAACAAAAGAAACAAAGAGCAAAGAACGUCAGAUAACUGAGGAAGACUUGGAGGGCAAAACAGAGGAAGAAAUAGAAAUGAUGAAGUUAAUGGGAUUUGCCUCCUUUGACUCCACAAAAAAUGAUGAUCUGGGGCUUCAUGGAGAACAAAUGAGAGGCUGAGAGAACUGCCGUCGUGCAGUGAAAGAUGAUGAAGGCCUGAACUGAGAAGAGGGGCUGGAAUAUUGAGAACCAUUCAGGAACCAGAGUUAGUGGUGGUGGGAUGGAGGUGAGUAGUCAGUGAUGACUCUGAACUGUCAGGCUGAUAGGGUUAACCAAAGAAAGGAUUAUAGGAAGGGGAAAUGCUGUGAAACAGAACAAAGCGCAGCUGCCAGAUAAAGAUGGCAUUGAGUAGUUGCAUGCAUAUCUCAUAGCUCAGAAGAGGGGUUGACAGGAGUUUGAAUGCUCUCUAGCUCUGAUCAUAAUCCUGGAGAGAAUCAGGAAGUCGGGGAGGCAAAAGCGGGAGGGAUUGUGGAGAGGGAGAUGAAGAGAGGGAGGUGGGAGAGAGAUAGGGAGAUAGGGAAGUACGGCAAAGGGGAGAUGGAGGGAGAGAGGAAAUUGAAUGAAGAGAGAAGGGAGGAUAGAGAGAGGAAGCUAGUAAGGAUAGGCAGGGAGAGUGUAUGUGGAGAGAGAGAAAAUAUAUUUUUAAAACUUUCUUUUAUAGAAUUUUAAGUCCUUUUAAUUUUGCAAAUUGAAGUUGAAAUUUUUGAGGAGAGUUGUCAAAAAUAAUCCACUUCCCCUAAUCUUGUGUUCCAUUGAGUUGUGAAUGGAGUGGGGUAAUCUCAGAUGCUGUAAGAGUUUCUUUCUAACUGAUGUGAUUAUAUGGGGCUCCCAUGUAUUUUUUUAAAUGACAGUGUAUGACCUAAGAGGAGUACCAGAGGCAUGACUGUUUUGAGGUGAGAAAAUUAAGAAUGCGCUCUUGUUCUCACAAAUGGUUAUGUGAACCCCAUUUUAGAAUUUAGUGCAGUUUAUGUCUCAGGUUUUUUUCUUGAAUAUACCAAACCCUUAUUUGUUAUUCAAAAGAGCAUUUUAUAAGUGAACUGGUUUAUUAAUACAUAUAUUGGGUGAAUAAAAAUAUCUCCAAAAUGAGACAACUAAAUUUUACUGUUUUUAGAAUAGUGAAGGACCUUCACUAUUAGAAUUCUUUUCUCUUUUGGUUUUACUGUUGCCAGAUGUUAUGUUUGAAAUUCCUGAGAAUCAGAUGUAAAGAUGGAGCCACUUCUUUUAAAUGUAGUCUUUUAAAUGUUUGUGUAUAAAGGAGAAAUUAGGUGAGAAUUUAUAGAUCCCAUAAAAAUUAUGGAGUACCACAAGAACAAAUGAUGUCAGUUGUUUUUUUAAUGACAUCUACAAGGAUGUUAAUUUAAUUCGUAUGCAGUUGGCUUCAUGCCUAUCAGUUACAAAGUCUCUCAGCUCAUUUGUAUUUUUCAGUAAUGUGUAUCUUGUGAUAUUUCAUCAUUAAUCUAUGGUGGAACCUCUUCAUAUGCCAAUGUAGUCACUUAUUUUCCCUUCCAUUUUAGCAUUCUAGAAAGUUUCAGAGUUUGGUUAUGCUUAUUAAUGGAUAAUUUUCUAUUCCAGCAUGUAAAUGAGGGCAAAUAAUAUACAACUCUGCAAAUAGUUUUCAAAAAUCAGAAAGCCUUUAGUAAUUGAACUUAGUAAAAAGGUUAACAUCAUUUACUUUUUUUCCAAGUCAUGCCUACCUCCUGUUCUUGGGAGGUUAAAAUAAUACACCUUAAGUGAUUUACUCAGUAUUCCCCCGCCCCCCAAAAUGCAGUGAAAACAGGAAUAGAAAAGGAAGACCAAAUAUACUUGUUUUAGCUCAACUUCAAAUAUAUACCUCACCUGUGCAUGCCAGUGGAUAAGAAUCCUUUUUUUUGGCCUAACACAGAUAUCUAAUAAGUAUGCUAAACAGGGUACACACCCGUGAGUAAUAAUAGGGGAGGGAGAUUAUGUGUGUGUUCCUGCACAUGCACUCAUGGUGGCAUUAACAGUGUUAGCAGUGUUCAUACAUUUAACAGUCAUUUUCUGAGUACCUGCAAGUGCAGUAGCCUAGGAUGUGACAGUUGCAAAGGUCACUCACACCCAUAUCCCUCCAUCAAGCUCCAUAUGAGCUUGCAGUCUGAUGGGAAAUAACAUCAUGUAUAUGAUGUUAUACAUCAUGAUCAUGCAGAGUAGAAAAUGCAGGAUAUUGUGAGGAAAGCACAGUUAACAUUCUUUGGGAGUUAGAGAAGAGGGUGCUUCCUGGCAGCUGGAUCAUUUGAAUUGGGCCUUGAAGGAUGCAUAAGAACCAGAUGGUUGAAGAUUGGAUGGGGGUUGGGAAGGCAAUUCAGGCAUGAGGAACAGAAAGUGGAACAGGUUGAAUCAAAAGACCCAUAAAGGAAUUACUGAAAAAAAAAAGUCCGAGAUACAAGUGAUACCACGUUAGCAUCUGUUAUUCUGAUUCUUGAUUUAAAAAUCAAAAUUUCAAGGCCUGUGUAAGAAAUGGGAUUUAGAUAGGAAUGGUGACUGAUUUGAGAAUGCCAUCAGUUAAGGUCAUAAGUUAAAUUUUUGUGAAUGGAUUUUUCUAGAGAAAAUAUCCAUAACUUGUAUUUGGUUUUGAAGAAUUCUUUGACCAGAAAAGGUGAGGCUCUGCUACCCAAUUUCCCUGUAUGUCUUGCACAUAAUACAUAUACCAUGAGUGUUUGUUGGUUUGAAUAUUGGUUUAUUUGCUUAUGUGUGACUAUAAAAAAUGGGAACAGAGAGUUACAACGCUUGGGAGAUUAUGGGAUAUCAUCAGGAUCUGAAAAUUCUUUCACUCAUUGGAUUACCUCAUGCUUAAAUGAAUCUUGCCAUUUAAGAGGGUCUGUGGGAUGCAGCUCUUUGAUCAAGGCAUAUAAUAUGUUCUUUCUCUGGUGUGUUGUUUGCUCGUUUGUUUGUGUGUGUGUUUUGUUUUUUGGUUUUUGUUUCUUGCUUUU